GUCACUUCUUCCCUUUUUUUUGUGUUGUACUCCGAAUGUCAUCGGCGACGAGAACCAUCGGAAGCGGAGGUGAUGAUGGAAAGCUCUACCCUCCUCCUCUCGCCUCUCAUGAGGUCAUCGUCAAUGAUGCUAAGCUCUUCUUGGACACUCUCAAACAAUUUCACUUUCACAUGGGUUCCAAGUACAUGAUUCCCGUGAUUGGAGGUAGGAAGCUGGAUUUGCACACCCUUUACGUGGAGGUUACCAGGAGGAGCGGUUAUGAGAAGGUGGUUGCUGAGAAGAAAUGGAGGGAGGUGGGUAGUGUGUUCAAUUUCUCUACUACCACCACAAGUGCUUCUUAUGUGCUCAAGAAGCACUAUUGGAAUCUCCUCUACGAUUUUGAACAAGUUCACUUCUUUAAGGUCCAGGGUCCUAUUACUCCUCCUGCAGAUGUACUUUCUGGUAGCAGCUCCUCGGGGAAACCUGAUCUAGCUCUUGCGGAGUAUGCACCUAAGCAUGCAAACAAUGGCCCUGAAUCCAAUGUUGAAGCUAAGGGAUACCCCCGCUAUGGAGAGGGAACAAUUGAAGAAAAAAUUGAUUGUGGCUAUUUAGUGUCUGUGAAGCUGGGUUCGGAGGUUCUGAGAGGGGUGAUUUUCCAUCCAGAGGAAACAGUUCCUCCUCCAUCAUCCAGAGUGGCUGUGACUGGAGUUGUAUAAUCUGAAGACUUUUUAAAAUUUCUAUAUUGUUGUUGUGGAUAAUGAUCCACUGAACUAAACUAUGUAAAACUAUUUUGCUUUUUGCUUUUUCUUGAAAACUAUCACGGUUUAUCACCGGGAACC